CUUGGGUGACGAUAUCAAUACGACACGUGUACAAAUAAUAUAGAAAGUGUUAAAGAAACCCAAACCCAAACCCAGGUUAACUCCGUGUCUACGUUUCUGAUUCCCUUACUCAAACUCUUUCCCUAAACCCUCAAUUCUUCCCACAAGUUCGUUCUCCAUCAUCAUCAUCUAGGGUUUCCCCCUCAAAAAUACCAAAAUCAAUUGCGGUUCUAGGGUUUCUCUUGAUCAUCUGCAAAUCGUAAUAUCUUGGAGGUUUUGGAAGACAAGGUUUCUUGAUUGUUGUGACAAAGUUGAUAUAUGGAUUCCAUGGAUGUUAAAGGUAUUGCAUGGGUUGGUAAUAUCUAUCAAAAGUUUGAAGCUAUGUGCUUAGAGGUUGAAGAAGCUAUGUGUCAGGAAACAGCUAAAUAUGUUGAAAAUCAAGUCCAGACAGUGGGGGCAAGUAUGAAAAAGUUCUGUUCUGAUGUGAUGCAGGAUUUGCUUCCCCCUUCAUCAAAAGAUCUCUCUAAAGUUGCAAGUGCAGAAUUACUAUUAAACCCUUAUCUUGAAUUUGGAAUACACAUGAAGCCCAUAUCAACCUUCAAGGAAGAUGUUUUAAUUAAAGAUCAAGAUCCUAUUCCUGUCCAUGUGAAGGGUAUUUAUGAGGACAAAAAUGGUAUUUCUGAGGAUAAAUUGAACUCUAGCAAUGAUGCUUGGGAAGACUGGUCGUUUAAUUGGGAUAUAAGUGAUCAAGAUGAAGCAAAGUGUGUGGAAGCAUCAAAUGAAGAUAUAAUAGAGUUGGAGACAAGAGGAGGGCAGGAGGGGCAAAUAUGUAAUUUGGUCAAGGGGGCUUCUCCAACACUCACUACUAAAUUUGCUAAAUCGAGUAGAAAGGGAGUGAAAAGAUCCAAAUGUAUCUCCUCUAACAAUAUCAUAAGAACAGAACAUACAAAUACAGCUACAUGUGAAAGUAGUGAGUUGGAGGUUUCAGAGGCUCAUUCUAAUACUUCAAGUGGUGGAGAUGUGUCCCAUUCAGAUCCAUGUGAAAAUAGUAGCCACCCAACCGUUAGUGCUAAUACUCAGUGUGGUCAAUCUGUUGAUGAUGAGUUAUUACAAUCCCAUACAGGAAGUUCAGCUUCAGCACACCAUGAUCAUCCAGAUUUGGAACAGGAAGACAAUACUACUACUGGAGAUAUAUAUGUAUCUGAAUCAGGGUUUGAGGAAACAUGUGUUUUAGUUGAUGGAAAUGAUUAUCAUCAUCCUAUUCCUAUUCCUAUCAACCACAAUGAACAAACAAGAUGCUCAUACAAGAAAAAGAUUCAGGGUGCGUUUUCUUUAAAAAAGAAGUCAGCAAGGAAGCAAGAGUACAAGCAACUACAAUAUGACAACAAUCUCAUGUUUUCAGAUAACAAAAAACCCAACUCAAUAGACUCAGAAUGGGAGCUUCUCUAGAUCUUCCUCUCUUUCUCAUUAUCAACCAACCCAUUUGUAAAUAAAUUCCUUCCUAUAAAUAUGUAUACAUGGUUCCAGCCCCUUUUCAGCACAAUUGAUCCCAUUAAGUAAAGCUCGAGGAUCAGGUGAUUUGAGUUAAGGGAGCUGUUAAUAGUAUUCAUUGUGGAGUUGACUUAAGCUCUUAUUUGAUGCCAUAAUGAUAAUGAUUAUAUAUAUUGUAAUUUGUAAAUGAACCUUGGUAUUUCUUAAUAUCAUGG